GAAUACUGAAUACUGAAUACUGUAUUUUGGAGCAAGUAGAAAAUAAUUCUGUACAACUCCAUCGGGUGAUAAUCAAAAAAAACAUAUUUUAAAAAAUAAAUAAACACGUCCGGUGGUUAUCAUGAGAUGGUUCAGCAACUCCUUCUGUAGCACACAAAAUGCUUGUUUACACAGUGAGUCACAAGUGGGUGAUAUCGUUGUCAAGUGGCAACCGUUCUCUGAAACGUAUGUUAGCGAAGUGUACAUCCAACAAAGAUUUGAAUUUCUGCACAGAUUCGGCCUCGACGACGUGUUCUGGCAGACUGUUCCAGGCGUGUACAACCCUCCGCUCGAAACACAGGGGGUGUGGGAUUUUCUUCAGAUCAGGUACCACGAGUUUGUACCUGUGCCCACGUGUGGUGCAUGGUACUCGCAAGUGGAGUAACGACCUUAGCAUGGGGAAAUGACCGAGAUGUAAAAUACGGUAGGUCAUGAUAAGAUCCACUCGAACACGGCGAUAUGACAAGGUGUAGAGCCCAAGUUUCAUGCACCGGUUUUCAUACGAUAAGCCUCUCAAGCUGGGGAUCAACUUGGUGGCGAUGUGUUGUACUCGUUCGAUCUUUUGCGCUUCGCCGCGAGUGAUCG